CUGGAACAAGCGCACCCCUUUUGACCCUAAAAUUCCUAUUACUCACCUCUACCCCUUCCACACCCCUCCAGAAACAUGUCACCAUCUCACUUUUAUAGGUCUUUUAUAAGCGAUUGAGUGACACUCACUCUCACCACCAAGUGAAUCAGCCAACUCGAAAUCGUGUCGUGUUCGACCUAACAACAUAUAUCCAAUCUUCUAACCCCACUUUAGAAAGAAGAUUUUAGAAAAUGGGAGCAUAGAGAGAUUUUAGAAAGAGAAUUUGAAAAUAAGAUUUGAGAGAAAUGAAGAAUGCGUCGCAUGGCUAUAAGCAAGGAAAGAAAUAUCAUGACUUAUAAUUCAAGGUCAUUCUCCCCUAUAAUACAUUUUGAAGCAUUUCAAGUCUAACUUAAAGUCACCAAUGAAUCAACCGAACAAUUUGAUUACCGUCCCCCACAACAUUUAAGAUAAAAAAUAAAAAAAUAAAAAAAUAAAACUCGAGGUGAUAUAAAAUAUAUCAAACAUGCAAUUACUAUAACUUUAGAGGCACCUGAAUUUAUAGUUCGUUCGUUUUACUGACAACUAUGAGUCUGGUUCCUAGUAGUUGAUAUUCAAAUAAUGUAAUGGUAAUGUGACGUUGAAUCGACAUAAAUGGGAAAGCGGAAGAGAUGGAGAGGAGGUAAGCAAAGCUAUGGAUAGAAAAAUAUAAUGACCCCUACAAUUUUGGGUAUUGAAAUCUACCUUAUAUUAGAGGUACAUAGCAGUAGCCUUAUAAGAGAACAGCAUGUGGAGGUUAAUUGACUGUUGAUUAAUAUGUAUAACCAAACUAUUGGCAAGAAAUUGCAAAGGCAUUGCCCAUCUUUUGAGGUUUAGGCAGCUCAGUUACCAUAUAUUAUUUUCUUUGAAAGUGGCAAUUCAAACAAGAAAGGUCCACUUCUCUUUUGCUUUCUUUCUCCUUUGAGUGUGUGAGUGAGAUUUUUUGCCAACAAAAUCAAAAUAUCUAUGUGUUAUUUCUAUUGUCACAAAUGUAUCCUUAUCCCUAUUCUUUUGAAAGAGACGCAUCCAUGACCAACAAAAUCGUAAUACGACCUAAUAUCUCUUAAUAAUAUCACAUUCAAAAUAAUUUCCGAACUGAAAAAGAAUUCCUUAGCAUUAAUCACAAAAAACAUCAACCAUUUGAACCGUAUAAACAUAUACUUGAAAAUGAUGACAUUGUGUGGGACAAACUAAUAGAAAUUAUGAGAUAAUCACGAAUUUAAAAGGAAAAAACAUAUUAGAAAUAACUCAUCAAAAUAAGAGUGAUUAUGAAGCUACCAAAUUUCUCAUAAGAAUAUGACCACUUUUUUCCUUGUGAAGAAAAAUUAAAGGUUUAUGAUCCUUUCACAAAGAGAGGAGUAAUUAUGUUUCCCUUAGUUUUGGAAAUUUCCAAAAUUCCAUAAAAAUUUAUAGGUAUUUUUGUAUGCUACUUUCAACUUUAUCACAUGGUUUAAACAAGCAAUACAUGCUCUAUACGAAACAAGCAAAUAACGCCCCACAUUAAACUUAGUGCAAACUUUGUCCACAAAAGGAGAGCCUAGGGAAUAUUUUGUUGGCAAUUUUAAUUAGUAUGAGUUUGAAUUUUUUGUUUUUAGUUUUUUUUUUCUUUUUACUUGUAGCAUGUAUAUUGUAAAUGUGCAUGCCUAGCCUAAGAAAUAAAUUUUAGAAAUCUAAAUUUAUUAAGUUCCAGGAAUUAGCAAACCCACGAUUUAUAUAACCUACUUACCAAACUAUACAUUCAGCUUAUCGACCUAAGUUAUACAAACCUAAUUCACAAGUCAAACCUAUCUUAAAGUUGUUUUUCUUUAGUUCACAGCCCAAAGGGGGGAAUUCAAACCUCCUAAUCAAAUUUUUGGUCUAGAGUAAAUGUUUUAGCCAUUUGAGAAUGAUUAGGUUGACAACAUCUUAUAAGGUUUUAUCAAACUCAUCUACAAUAGUCAGAACUAUUUUUAUCUAUAUACAAAUAAGAUAUACACCAUUAAAAGUUGCUCAAAAUUACCUUGUAAAAUUAAGUUAAUACUUAGUUCUUCUAAUCUUCUCAAUAUUUAGGGUGUAACUAAAAUCUCAUAUUAACUGAGAAAAGAGACCAAAAUUAUAUAAAGAUAACUAUCUUGAAUGGUAUAAAACUCAUGCUCAAAGUAGUUAAUGAAAAUAAGAACAGGUUUAUUUUUACUAGAACCCAAAAAUUCUAGUUGAAAAAACACAAAAGAAAAAGUUUGGGUAUUUUUCUCCUAGACUUUAAAAUCAUCCAACUUUUAAUGGGGAGCAAAACUAAAGGGGGCCUCUGUGCAUUCUAGGGAGAGAGAGAGAGUGUGUCCCAUAGACGCAUAUAAAAGGAGACCCCCACCGAUUGGUCCAAUUCCCAUCUCUAUAAAUUAAAAUCUUUUCCUGCAUGCCCAAUACUCACUUUGCUUUCUCUCUUCUCCCUCUUUCUCUCUCUCUACUGAGCACAGGGAAAAAGAAACAGCAAGGGGCAAAGGAGAAAAAUAUGCUUGCAGAAGAGAAGUCCCAAAAGUACCCGACAAUGCCAGAGGUUCUGGACGAGCUCAAGCAAAUGGCUGACAUUGGCUUCCCUGUUUUAGCAAUGGGAUUAGUGAGUUACCUCAAAAACAUGAUCUCUGUCAUUUGCAUGGGUAGGCUUGGUACUCUUCAUCUCGCUGCUGGUUCUUUAGCCAUAGGCUUCACAAAUAUCACUGGCUAUUCAGUUCUCUCUGGCCUCGCAAUGGGAAUGGAGCCACUCUGCAGCCAAGCCUUUGGCUCUCACAAUUCCUCCAUUGCAUUUCUCACUUUACAAAGAACGGUUCUUAUUUUGCUUUUUGCUUCUUUUCCCAUUGGGAUUCUUUGGCUCAAUUUGGAGCCUCUCAUGUUGGUUCUUCACCAGAACCCAGAAAUCACUAGAAUUGCUGCUGUUUAUUGCCGUUUUGCAGUCCCUGACUUGGUAUUGAACAGCCUCCUUCACCCUUUGCGUAUUUACCUACGAAACCAAGGCACCACGUGGCUUGUCAUGUGGUGCAAUUUGUUGGCUAUUCUCCUACAUGUUCCCAUCACCAUUUUCUUGACUUUCCCUCUUGAUCUUGGAAUCCGUGGGAUUGCUAUCUCUAACUUUAUAGCUAACUUCAAUACACUUUUCUUCCUUUUACUUUAUUUGAUAUUCUGCACUCGCAGAACUUUUUCCUCUUCCUCUUCCUCUUCCUCUUCCUCUUCCAAGGAGGCUAACCUGUUUGUGCCACUGAAAGGCACCGUUGCCGCUGGAACCGACGUCAGCGCUGCUGCCACAACGGGGGAGGAAUGGGGAAUGCUGAUCAAAUUGGCAAUUCCUAGCUGCCUUGGAGUUUGCUUGGAAUGGUGGUGGUAUGAGUUUAUGACCAUUCUUACUGGCUACCUCUACAACCCGCGGAUUGCACUCGCAACUUCAGGCAUUGUAAUUCAAACAACUUCACUAAUGUACACAUUACCAAUGUCUCUCAGUGCGGCCGUCUCCACCAGAGUCGGCCACGAGCUCGGCGCCGGCCGGCCCAAGAAGGCACGACUGGCGGCGGUGGUGGCGAUAGGAUUGGCGUUGGUGGGUUCAUUGAUGGGGCUCGCAUUGACCACCAUAGGCAGAAGGACGUGGGGAAGAGUUUUCACAAAAGAUGAGGGAAUUCUAGAGCUGACAAUGGCGGUUCUGCCCAUAAUCGGACUGUGCGAGCUGGCAAAUUGCCCACAAACAACAAGCUGCGGGAUUCUGAGGGGAAGUGCAAGGCCAGGGAUCGGAGCAGGAAUAAACUUCUAUUCAUUUUACAUGGUGGGGGCGCCGGUGGCGGUGUUGUCGGCGUUUGUUUGGAAGUUUGGGUUUGUGGGUCUUUGCUAUGGGCUUUUGGCAGCUCAGAUGGCAUGUGUGGUCUCAAUCUUAAUAGUUGUGUUCAAUACAGAUUGGGAAAUGGAGUCGAUCAAAGCCAAAGACUUGGUAGGCAAAAGCACCGAUAAUGUCUUCGCACAUGCAAUCCACACAGCCAUACGCGAGGAAGGUCCUGAAUUUCUCAAAGAAUCGCCUGUUCAAAAACAAGACACACAGAGUUAGAUUUAAUUUUUCAAAAGUAAGCAUGAUAUAUAAGCAUAAUUUAGGUUAUAAUAGGAAGGUAUACUAUAUAUUACAAUUAAUUAUCUCCAUUUUUCUUUAAAGCCUAUUAUUUUGUUUGAUUUCGGGUAAAUUGGGGUUAAUUGGAAUUGGGAUAUGUUUGUAAUAUAUUUAGAUAGUGAAAUAUUUUUGUUUAGUUUUGUGUUUUUGGGCGGGGGGAAUUUGGUGUCAUAUCAAUGGAUGAGAUUUCCCUUUCGAA